AUGCAACUUCAACAUCGGUUGCAUUAAAACCGAAGAAGAAAAAGCACCACAGAAAUGGCAGCGACCUUGUACAGAGCAUGAUGUUGAUAAUGCUUUAAUAAGUUAACCACCUUAAAAUGCUCUUAUAUCGACCACACAUUGUGACAGUUUGGUGUUUAUAGUUUCCAAUCAAAGGGUAGUAUCAUGUUUUCCAUCAUAAAGGCUGCUGUCGGCGGAUUGACCGGUAUCUGUCGACUGAACGGUCACCAGCAAGGUCUUUUACAUGGCCACCUGAAAGUCCUGGCUGCUUGCCUGAGGACACAUGAGAUUCCUCCAGACCACAGUGAUGUGGUGCUGCCAGAGAGACGCAAACUGAAGUUUAUGAACAAGAUGCCUAACUUUAAAAAGGCCAAGAAAGAGAUGAAGAAUCUGAAAGAUAUCCAAGGCCCAGCAAAGGCAGCCAAUGCUUUCACUAUGGGAGAGUUUGCUAUUGUGGCUAUGGGAGGUGGCUACAUUCAUUGGGGUCACAUUGAGAUGAUCCGUCUAACCAUCAAUCGCAAGAUGGAUCCUAAGACUACAUUUGCCCGUUGGCGCAUCAAUGGUCCAUAUAAGCCUGUCACGCGUAAAGGGCUGGGCAUGCGCAUGGGCGGGGGCAAGGGAGCCAUAGACCAAUACGUGACACCUGUGCGCUAUGGCCGCUUUAUAGUGGAAGUUGGAGGAAAGGUGGAGCUUGGGGAGAUUGAGCAUAUCAUGACUGAAGUGGCAAAAAAGCUACCCUUCCCAGCCAAGGUAUUCAGCAGGGCGAGCCUAGCAGCCCUGCAAAUGAAGCAUGCUGACAUGGAGCAGAACAACCAGAAUCCCUGGACCUUCAAGGAGAUAACGCACGGCAACAUGAUGGGGAUCAGGAAAGUGCUCAGCCCCAAAGACCUGUGCACCAACGGACGCUUUGCAGGCAAAUUUCACCUCCCAUGGAGGGUGUGAUGGACCGGAGGGACACAAAUGGCUGCAGUGUCUGUCAUAUUGUUUACCAUCCAGGCCAAAAUGUUCCGUCAUUUUUGGGAAUCUUAUUUCAUUUGAGUUUUUUUACACACAUAUUAAUGAAUUUGUCAAAGAGAUGUUUCUUCAAUUUCCUUAAAAUAAAAAUAAUAAUUUGAAGGUCUUUCGGUGUAAUCUGUUGAAAAAAGAUCCGAAACAGAAGUGUAAACAAAUCUACAGAUCUCACUUAAUGUGAAAUGAAUAAAAAAAACUGUUGAUUGCA